GUGUGCAGAUGUAUUUGUGGUGAAAGGCGAAGAAUCAUCAUGUCACUGAAGAUGGGAGUCGAGUUGUCCUUCUUCUAGGGUUUUUUUUUUUUUUUGAGAUUUGAAACCAAACAAACAAAUGUUGUGUCGGAGAUUGGUGCUUCAGCCUCCUCGUAUCCCACUGAGUCUUGGAGGUACUGUCACAAUUCCUUUCCUUCCCUCAUCCGAAAGAGCCUUUUCUGGAGGUGUGUAUAGAAAUCUCUCUUCUUAUAAAGAGAAAUUGAGAAGUGGUCUCAUCAAUAUCAACAAGGACGAUGCUGUUGCUCUGUUUCAAUCCAUGAUUAUGUCUCGUCCUCUUCCUAAGGUCAUUGAUUUCAACAGAUUGUUUGGUUUAGUUGCGAAAACAAAGCAAUAUGAUCUCGUUUUAAGUCUCUGCAAGCAAAUGGAACUGAGAGGGAUUGAGUAUGAUCUCUACACUCUCAACAUUAUGAUCAAUUGCUUCUGCCGUCUCCAGAAACUCGGUUUUGCCUUUUCUGUUAUGGGGAAGAUCUUGAAACUUGGGUAUGAGCCCAACACAGUCACAUUCUCUACUUUGAUUAACGGUUUAUGUCUCAAGGGUCUAGUUUCUGAAGCUGUGGCGUUAGUUGAUCGUAUGGUAGAAAUGAAGGUUAUACCCCAUCUCAUCAUACUUAACACUAUUGUCAAUGGGCUUUGUCUCCAAGAUAGACUCUCUGAUGCAAUGGCUUUAAUAGAUCGAAUGGUAGAAAAUGGUUGUCGACCUGAUCAGUUUACAUAUGGUCCUGUUUUGAACAGAAUGUGUAAGUCCGGUAACAAUGACUUGGCCUUGGAUCUUCUCAGAAACAUGGAGCAUAGAAAGGGCAAGCCUGACGUCGUCACAUACACUACGAUUAUCGAUAGUCUUUGUAAAGAUGGGAGCGUAGACGAUGCACUCAGCCUUUUCAAUGAAAUGGAAACCAAAGGGAUCAAAGCAGAUGUCUUUACCUACAACUCUCUCAUAGGAGGCUUCUGUGGUGCUGGAAGAUGGGAUGAUGGUGCACAGUUGCUGAGAGAUAUGAUUACAAGUGAAAUCACCCCAAACGUUGUCACUUUUAGUACGUUGAUUGAUUGUCUUGUGAAAGAGGGAAAGCUUACUGAGGCUAAAGAAUUGUACAACGAGAUGAUCGUAAGAGGCAUCUAUCCUAAUACUGUCACAUAUAAUUCUCUGAUAUAUGGAUUGUGCAUAGAGAAACGCUUAAAUGAAGCCAACCAGAUGCUGGAUCUGAUGGUUAGCAAGGGAUGCGAUCCUAGUACUGUGACUUAUAGUAUCCUUAUAAACGGAUAUUGCAAGGCUAAAAUGGUUGAUGAAGGUAUGAGACUUUUCCGCAUAAUGUCUCUGAGAGGAUUGGUUGCCAAUACAGUCACUUAUAGCACUAUCAUCCAAGGAUUUUGUCAAUCAGGAAAACUUAAUGACGCCAAAGAACUCUUCCAAGAGAUGGUCACUCAAGGUGCUCAUCCUAAUAUUGUUACCUACAAAAUUUUGUUGGAUGGGUUGUGUGACAAUGGAGAAGUAGAAGAGGCAUUGGAAAUACUUGAUAAAAUGCACAGUUGUAAGAUGGAACUAGAUAUUGGUAUAUAUAAUAUCAUCAUUCACGGGAUUUGCAAUGCUAGUAAGAUCGAUGAUGCUUGGGAUCUAUUCUGUAGCCUACCUUUGAAAGGAGUGAAGCCUGAUGUUAAGACGUACAACAUAAUGAUUGGAGGACUAUGUAAGAAAGGCUCAUUGUCUGAAGCGGGCCUGUUGUUUAAGAAAAUGGAAGAGGAUGGGAUUGCGCCAGAUGAUUGUACAUACAACACUCUUAUCAGGGCACAUCUCCGAGAUGGUGACUUAACAAAAUCAGCUGAACUCAUCGAAGAAAUGAAGAGAGGUGUAUUUGGGCUUAUUAGUUGA